UGUCAAAGAGCCCGUAAAGUAAAUACGUACUCGGUCAUACAAAUAUACUCAGUGAUUAGUGGUGCUCUAUCUCACUAGCAAGCAGGAAAAAUAUUUUUGCCUAUCGUUGUGCAGUGGUUUAAGAAGUGUGAUUUAUUUUUAAUUUUCAUUUGUGCUUAUUAAUAAUUGUGCACGUCACCGAAAGUUUCGACAAGCGGAAAUGUUUCGAUUGGGACAAGUUGCGAUUCGCAAUGGCCAGCGGUUGAAUGCCAUCGAACUUCGAAGAUGCCUCUCUGCGGCUCCCAAAGCGCAAAAGCGCCAAGAAAGCCGCCCGGCCGCCACCGACGACGACAAGAAGCCCAACAUGUCGUUCCUAACCAACAUCUUCCGCGGCGAGGUUCAACCGUCUCAGGUCUUCCCCUAUCCGGAGGUGCUAGAUGCCGACCAGAAGGAAUACAUUGCAGCGUUUGUCGAUCCCGUUAAUAGGUUCUUCGAGGAAGUUAACGACCCGGUCAAGAACGACACGACCGCCAGUAUCGACGAGGCCACUAGCGAUGCCCUGUGGGAACUGGGGGCCUUUUCGCUGCAAGUUCCUCCGGAGCACGGUGGUCUGGGCUUGAACAACACCCAGUACUCCCGGAUGUGCGACAUCAUCGGUGGACAGGAUCUGGGAUUGGGAAUCUGCAUCGGUGCCCACCAAAGUAUCGGUUUCAAAGGAAUUCUGCUGUACGGAACGAAGGAACAAAAGGAAAAAUACCAGCCGAAAGUUUCUACCGGAAAAAUCUAUGCUGCUUUUGCAUUGACCGAGCCGAGUUCCGGUUCGGAUGCCGGUUCCAUUCGGUGCCGUGCGGUGAAGACUCCGGAUGGCAAGCACUUCGUGUUGAAUGGGUCCAAGAUCUGGAUAUCCAACGGAGGGAUUGCCGAUAUAAUGACCGUUUUUGCUCAGACAGAGAUUGAAGAUCCUCGCACCGGCCAGAAGAAGGACAAGGUGACGGCAUUCAUUGUCGAGCGUGGAUUUGGUGGUGUUACCAGUGGCCCACCGGAGAACAAGAUGGGUAUCAAGUGUUCCAAUACGGCUGAAGUUUACUUUGAAGAUUGCAAGAUCCCAAUUGAGAACGUGCUGGGAGGAGAAGGCAACGGGUUCAAGGUUGCUAUGAAUAUCCUGAAUAAUGGACGUUUCGGUAUGGCUGCUACUCUAUCUGGUACCAUGAGGGUUUGCAUUCAAAAGGCUACCGAACAUGCUACGAAUCGUGUCCAGUUCGGUAGGAAGUUGGAAACGUACGGUGGAAUUCAGGAGAAGUUGGCGCGCAUGGCUAUGCACCACUACGCAACUCAGUCGAUGGCCUAUAUGAUCUCUGGAAACAUGGACUCCGGCUCUACGGACUACCAUCUGGAGGCGGCCAUCUCCAAGGUGUUUGCUUCGGAGUCGGCGUGGUAUGUAUGUGAUGAAACGAUCCAGAUUCUGGGUGGAAUGGGAUUCAUGAAGGAUGCUGGCGUGGAACGUUUCAUGCGUGAUUUGAGAAUCUUCAGAAUCUUCGAGGGAACGAACGACAUUCUGCGAUUGUUUGUCGCUUUGACGGGCAUCCAGUAUGCAGGAUCUCACCUGAAAGAAUUGCAGAAAGCAUUAAAGUAUCCGGCAGCCAAUUUGGGAUUGAUCUUCAAGGAAGGAUCGCGGCGAGCAAUUCGUAGCAUCGGUUACGGUGGAACUGAUCUGACACCAUUCGUUGCCGAUCAGCUCAAGGAUGCUUCCAAGCACUGUUCUGAGUGUAUCGACAUCUUUGGUCAGGCGGUUGAAUCGCUGCUUAUCAAGCACGGAAAGAAUAUUGUCGAGGAACAGUUCGUGCUGAACAGGUUGGCCGAUGCCGCUAUCGACACGUAUGCGAUGGCAGUGGUCCUAUCGCGGGCAUCUCGAGCUGUUCACAAGGAUCUACCGUCAGCGGAGCAUGAAGUGCUGAUGGCACAGGCCUGGUGUCACGAAGCAGCCGAUCGAGUGCGAGUCAACAUUCGCAAAAUUAAUUCCGACUCGUUUGUGAAAAAUUGCGGCAAGAUGUCUCAGAUUUCCAAGAAUAUCUGCGCUCACAAUGGAAUUGCGCAUAACAAUCCGCUGGAUAUUGAUUAAACUGCGUUUGCGAAUCGAGUACGAGGCGGAUCUGUCGACCUCUAGCGAAAUGGUUCAUGAUGAUUUUCUAGCGAAAAUUCAAUUAGGGAAUCUUGCACGACUGUCAAAUAUUUACCGAAUCGGUGUCCCACUAUUGCGAAAGAGUAAGGGUCUGUGAAAGCUGCAGGAUUUGGGCCUAGCUCCAAUUGCCUAUGUAUGCGAGUUGAUAUUCGAGUGAACGAUUUAAGGGAAAACUUAGGUAGCCAAUUUCACCAACAUCCACUAACUUAUGUUAUGUUUUUUUGUUAAUCCGAUCACACACCAAUUUUUUGUUUUUGUGUACAUACAGGUAUAAUAAGUAUCGAAAGGUUUAUAUACAAAACUAUAUUAGAUUCUAUCAAAACAAAA